UCGGGUGGAAUUGCAAAACUAGCUAACAAGUAACCUGCUGCGACUGUCAGAGCCCAUCGUAGUCGUCGCCGUUCAAAGCAAGGACGCAGUUUGUUGUUGUCGCCGUGAUAGUGCACUCGCGCGACACUGAAAAUCACCUACACACCUGCAAAAACACCUGCGAGGCGCUCCCGUGAUGGCAGCCGAAAUCAAGCCGGCCACGCAGUCCAACGAGAAGUUCUGCACGACGAAGAAACCGGCGCUGGUGGCGAAGCUCGAGGCGGGCACCGACGAGAUCAAUGCGGCCGUCAUCAUCCCCGGCGAGGACGGCAUCAUCAGCGUAUCGGACGACAAAACUAUACGAGUAUGGUUGAAGCGCGACUCGGGCCAAUACUGGCCGAGCAUAGUGCAGUGCAUGCCCAGCGGAGUCACUUCACUAUUCUACACGGUGGAAACACGGCAGUUGUUCAUCGGGCAGGAGAACGGAACGAUUUCGGAGUUUUCUUUAGCCGCGGAUUUUAAUCGGAUUAUGCCUGUACGCGAGUAUCUAGCGCAUCAGGCGCGGAUUACCGAGGUGAUCUUUGCGCUCAACUGCGAGUGGGUGCUAAGCGUCAGCCGUGAUAAGACGUUUUCGUACAACUGCACACAGACUGGUAGAAAUAUUGGUACUUUCACUGCUGAAGCAUGGUGUACUUCUUUACAAUUCGAUUCGCAAACCAAACAUGCGUUUAUUGGGGAUUACUCAGGGCAGAUUGCGAUGCUGAAGCUGGCGAAUAAUGGCGCGCAGGUUGUGACGACCUUGAAAGGUCAUUCCGGAUCGGUGCGGACGCUGGCGUGGGACACCGAACGGCAGAUGCUCUUCAGCGGGUCUUUUGAUCAAUCCGUCAUUGUUUGGGAUAUUGGCGGACAGCAAGGUACUGCUUAUGAACUUCAGGGACAUCAUAAUAAAGUUUCUGCAUUGUGUUAUCUAAACUCAACUCGCCAAUUAGUCAGCGCUGGUGAAGACGGCGUGCUGGUGUUCUGGGAUAUGAGCAAACACCGUCGCGAAACACCCGAAUGGAUCGAAUCCGACACGUGCCAGAUGUGCGGACGUCCGUUCUUCUGGAAUCUGCGCGUCAUGCUCGACCAGCGACAACUGGGCAUUCGACAGCACCAUUGCCGCCAUUGCGGUAAAGCCGUAUGUGAUAAAUGCUCCACGCCGCGUUUGACCAUCCCGGUGAUGGGCUUUGAGUUUGCUGUGCGUUGUUGUGAACCAUGUCACAACACACUCAAAGAUCACGAUCGACCAUCAAUGGCGACCUUCCACGAUGCUAAACACAGCAUAGCGGCAAUGGCACUGGACGAGACGCGCAAGAAGCUCGUCACCGUCGGGCACGACAAACUCAUCAAGAUAUGGGACAUCUCCGCGCUGCUUUAAUAUUAACGCGAUCGCCUCUCACACACACCACCACAUACACACAUCCAUUAAUACAUAUGCGCAUUCAUUCGCAACUGAUAACAGCGCGCGUCUAACUUAGUUGACGCGCCGGCGACACCUCAGCGAACAUAUUAACGAAGCAACAAUGAAAACCAAGGGAAAUUCGAUGCUAGCGUAAGUUUACUAUGUUAUUACUAAAUAUAUUAUACUUGUUUAUAUUUGUAUAGGGCGUCUUGAUGAACGAAUAUGCUAUAAGCACCAACUUGUUCAAGAGCUAACAAUCUUAUUAUAUCACUAUUGAUUUAUUCCUAAUUCUAAACAGAUACGUUUAUUACUCGAUAUAUAUAUAUAUAUAGAGAUUGUCAAUAUCUAGUGUUUAUUUGUAUGUUUAUGUUUGUAUAUAAUUGAAAUUAACUGAUUACUUGAGUUUCAUUCAGGAUGGUGAAUGUCUAUUACUGAAGGAGCUUACUUACAUGUUGAUGAUAUCAAAUUGUUCGAUUAUUCGUACGUGCGUUCAAUUUAUUGCUUUAGAACAGAUGAUUUUACUGAAAUACAAUUUCAAGUACGUA